AUAAUGCGCAAAAGUGGAGUUGAAGAUGCCUAUUCACAUAUGACCAGUCCUGUUAAUGUUUGCGAUGUUGAAAAGAUCUACCGCUGGUUCAGCGAAGCUGAUCACUAUGUGCGAAUCAAUUUUGUAGUAACGCUUCUCGAGAACUGUUGUGGCUUUGAGUUCAGGUUUAUUGCUUCAUGCCUGGAAAACAUGUGCCAAAAAUCAUACAAAAGCUUGAUUGACGAGGAAAAGAAAGCAAACUGCAAAGAGGAAAUAGAGCGACUGCCUGAUAGUGACGUGCGAACCCGAUAUAAUCUAAUCAUUUUCCUCAGUCUAUUAAGAUCAAACAACGAAAAAUGUGCGGCUGCGAUUUAUCACAAAAUAGCCUCAUCUGAGGCCUGUAGAUUGGCAGGGAACUAUGACUCGUCUAUUGAAAAUGAUUCUCUGUACAACAAAGAGCUGGGACAGAAACUUCUACUGUACACUCUCGGCUCAAAACACCCCGCUUUCUCAUUUCAUCAUCGAAGAAAGUUGUGCGAAACAGCUAGGAACUUAGUUCGUCAGAAAGAAGGAGCAGACAAAAUAGCAGUUGCAGCUGCGGCUCAUUGUGCGCAACCUACACCCACACCUACCUACAUUCGAGAACAGUACAACCAACCGGUUACACAUACUUACCCGGUUAGAGCUGCCUGUGCUAAAAACAGUACGCAGAGCCCCGCGAAGGGAAAUUUCAACCCUACUUUCACUUUACAAGUGACAUGGUCGGACCAUCACAUCAGUCACGCCAAACACACGUCUGAAGACUUUUGCCAUCUUCAUGACAAGGUUAUGCAAAUGGUCGAGCAAAAUUCGGCGGCCCAAGAGAGUCUACAAAAGUUAAGAAACAACGGCUUUGCUACUUCAGAAACGGUUGAUAAUUAUCUCAAAUGCCUUUUCAGCUCCUCAGUGACCCAGGCUAUUCAUCAAUCUGAGACACUGUUCAGAUUUUUUAAGCCUAGGAUGAAAUCAAGAAGCACCGUCGACGGCGAAACAGAUACGACACAGUCGACCACUUCUACUAACCGGGAGCGAGAUCAGAUGAUAAAAAGUAGAACCGUGGACAGUGGGAAUCGAAGAAGCAACAUUCAAGAUCAACUUCUUCUGUCCAAAGAAGCUCCAGCCGUACUCAGGACUAGUCCGACUAAAAACAGCCACUAUCUGAAAGAAAACAGGCAAAAAUCUCCGAGAAGUAGACCCUCGUCAAAAAACAGACAUCUUCAAAAUUGCAAUCUUGAAACCCCCUGCGUGUUAAGAACCGAAGAGUUGCCUGAUAAGACAUUACUCUCCGUUAAUGCUUCUGACGAGCAACCAGUUUCCAAUAAGCAUAUCGAACCCUCCUUAGAACCAACGAAUCCAGACAGUUUGAAACCGAGCAAUAGCAACACGAAAGGCACACAUUUCAGUUCGAGUUCGGAAAAAAAACCGAUCACUUCGUUCUCAGCAGUGCUGAAACAAUCACCACCUAGCAGUUCACAACUCCAGCCACAACGAAUUUCAAAUUUAACCCCUGUCACAAUACCCUUUGUUGAGGAACAGAAAACUUCAAAUGAAAUGUCGAAAGAACUUCUGGACUCCUCGGAGAUGUUGAGACAUGGAAUGGCUUUCAAUAUUCAAACGGGACCGAAUCAGAACCAGUAUGAGCCGAAUGUACAACAGCGACAUGAGCCUAAUCAAAUGUGUCGUGUACCUGUUGGAGAGGAAUUUAGUAGAAUAGCAUCAGUGGACACUAAUGAAGUGCAACAGAUGUGCAACACCUCCGCCGCCGGAGCCACCCUAGUCAACGUCAUAACACCUCAGAAUAGCAGCAGGAACAACGGAGAAGGAGGAGGAGCCAACAACCUGACACAAUCCCAACCGCCCAGUGUACCAUCUGCUGCAGGCCCCAGCAUUCCUGGAAAUACAAUGAGGUUAAGUAUAGCAACAGGACCUAAUGUCGAGGGCCCAAAAGAUUUCAUAAUGCUCUCGCCGCAAAUAGCUGGCGGGAUUACCAAUGGAAUCAUUCAUCUUCCAGUGCAGCAAUAUUUCUAUCAAACACCCCCACCGGGCUCAAAUUUUCCGAACAACCCCCACCCUUACCAGCAAAUGAACUCUUCUGUCCCCCUGUCGAGUACAGUGACGACUCCGGUUUCAAGUAACGUAGAAAAUGUUGCGCCAGUGAACAAUCUAUCAGAUUCACGGUCAAUCGUAGUACCACCGACGACUACUGUUAUCAGACAGCCAUUGGCAUCAGACAUCGUAAAAGGCGUCGCAUCGACAAAGACAAGUCCGACUAAUGCUAGUCCGCCAUCGGCUUGGGGUAAUCCAACGAUAAAUUGUGCCAAUCAAACCCCGAAUCCGAAUGCAAAUAUAGCUCAAAAGAAAUUGCCUAAUGAAGAUUUAAACGGCUCGAAGCCAAACGCAGUGCAACAGAGUCAGCAAGCACCUAAUGCCUGGAUUGUAGAUCAACAUAGUUCAAAUGAACAAAACGUGAUGUUAGUGAAUAGGCAAAAUAACCCGCCGAUUAUGUUGAAUAAAAUGGCUUCGAUUGAUUCGCAACACGGAAUUGUAGUUUCCCAGCAUAACGUAAAUGCCUGGAUGCCUUUCAAAUAUGGUGCUGUAGCUUCAACUGGAGGUAUUUUAAACAUGACACACCCGCAAAUGUUGCAGUUUUUGCAUGCACAUGGACAACAUCAAAUGCAAGCGUUUCAGACAAGAAACCCCGGGCAGAUUAUAAUGGCGCCAACGUACCAUAAGCAAUUGAAUCACGCCAAUUUUAUACCGCCUGUUCCAACGAAGGAGGUGAAUAUGGGAGUGGUCCAGAGCAAUGUGCUGGCUUCCCCGAACGGAGCCAAGGAAGCGUUCUGCUCUAAUUGUGGAAAAUCUGGUCACUUAUUCUAUGACUGUGAUGAACCGUCCAUGGGAAAUAUUUUGCACGCAGAAGAGUUUAGGAUAAAAACAGACCACGACGGAAAACCUCAAAGCUCACAAGCGAACAAUUUAGACGAUGAAUCUGAAAAUCGAGACGUGAACAAGAAUCAAUUGAACGUCUCGGAGUGUAAUCAGAAUCUUGUGGAAAAAGAACCGAGAAGCUCAAGCUCUACUUGUUCUAACAACGAGUUUCCAGCUAUGAAUUACCAGAGCAAGAACCAGCACCAAAAUCAGUCAUAUACUCAAUCACAUAUCUCAAAGCAAGUUCAGAAUCAGUUGUCUAGAAACACCUCUGGAAGAGCUCAGGAUCAAACUAAUAGGCAGAAUCAUCAGGCACCGCCGAGACAGAUAUUGCAACGCGGGAGUAAAGAUGCUUCUCCUAAAAAGGGGGGAGGUGGCGGGGGCAACUAUAGCAGGUCAAAUGAAAACGCGGGCAGAGGCCAAGGUCGAAAUUACCAAGCUUAUAACCAGAACCAAAACCUAGUUGGAAGCGGAAACGGUGGUUAUAACAAUACAAACAAAGGCAAUAAUUUCAGCAACACCAGUAAAGGACCGACGCCGGGUUCUCACAAAGCUGCAGCAAUUCCUAAUGUCGUUCCAGCCACUAGUGAAGCUAGAUGAUCUCGGAACUAUCAACUUCCAGUCCGCUUAGUCAUCGAAGGUCGUUCUCAAUCCAGGAAAAAUAGUUUCACUAGAAUUGAAAACGAAGACCUCAAGGAGACCAAAUAGUCUGGGUAAAAACAAAAACACUGCCCCUGAAACUUGUUUUGUACUUUUUACAAUUUGUUGAUUUUUGUCGAAGCAUUUAGAGCUUUGGUGUUUUCUCGCGAAGAAUUUGCGACGCCUGUCAAACAGCAAAGUAUUAGUCUCCUUUAGCGGCUGAAUAUCUUAAAUGCUUGUUUUUGGGGCUAUUUAUCAUGUGCGAAGGACCGAUUGCGCGAAACUUCCUAACCAAUCAAUGCCCUUUAAACUGUCCCAAAACUGAAUGAU